AUUGAUUUUAUAGAGGAGAUCAUCUUGCCGCCAUCAUUAACGUACAUGCUUGCUCUAAAUCAGCGGACACAGCCUCGCUGGCUCAAUACUUACACUGCCACUGUCCUGUCCUGUCCUGUGGCUUGGGUGACCACCUCAGUGCAGCUUGUGAUACGCUGUGCAUGUCUCAGGGCGGCUGCCUGCCACGUCACAAGGCAGACGCAACUACAUGUACAUGUACGAAAGUGCAUUCUAGGCUUUGGGCCCUGGCGUUUGCUUAUAUAAAUACAGGCGAAUCCCGGUCUUCGACUGUGAAUCGCAAUUGCACGUUCGUUCAUGCCAUAACCAACAUACCCCCUCCUAGCCGAUAACAACAUGGCCGCAUGAGACUUUGGUCGUUGUAACCACCAACGUGCCUGAAGCAAGUAUGGUAGCCUUUUCAUUCGGUAGCUUCGGCGACAUCAUUGCCCUCGUCGAGCUGGCUUCCAAGCUUCACGAUGCCAUCAAUAGCGCAGGCAGCAUUGCCAAGGAGCUUGAGGAUUCAAAAAAAGAACUGCAUUCCUUUCUGUAUAUUUGUAACUCAAUUGAGAAAAGUGUCGAAAAUGGCGUAACAAUCCACCAAGACGACCUCGUCAUGUUCAAGGUCUUGACCGACAACUGUCGAGAAUGUUUGCAGAACUUCGAGAAGUACCUAGCUCGUUUUGACGAUUCAAGGCAACUCGUCCGGCUCGCACGUCGGGCUCAGCUCAGUAUGUCGAAAAAGGAAGAGAUCAACCAGUUCCAGAGCAGAAUGCGCGGCUUUGUGGCGGCUCUCGGCAUCAUACAGACGAGAUAUUGCUCGAGGGAGAUCACAGCACAAAUUAGCAGAUCGCUGGACGAGCCAUGGGAUCAAAAACCGAUGAAAUUUCAGGACGCGCUGGGUCGUCGAUAUCCAGUUCCAUUGGAGGUUUGCGGUACUUUCAAAGGCUUCAUGAACUUCCUCCAAUUCGCUUUUAAGAGCAACCCAAUUCUUCAUGCCGCAGUCCAGCAGUGUCAGAUCUGGCUGUUCACUCCGGCCAACUCCAAUCCCGGUCUGUGGUACAUUGUUCUCAAGGAUGACUGGAAGCACAUCAGCAAGCCCGGGGUGCGACUAGGCAUGUCCUUCGCCACCCAGCCCGAAGAGCAAAGCGGUGCAUGCCAAGAUCCAUGGAGGGGGGUUUCAGCUACGGCACAAACGGACGCUUUUCAGGCUAGCCCCACGGCCAACGUCAACAGCCUCGGCGGUCGGCUGAUGCUGGAUGAAGACACAAUUAAGGGUGUCAAGUUUGAAGCUCUCCAUCAUCUCGGCAACGCGUACCAAAGCCAAUCCGCCCCGUCCCUCGCUCGCUUCAGGUUGCUCGAUGCGCCUUCCAAAGCAACUGGCACUCAUCGCACCCCGUCGCCACCAUCGCCGAAGACCAAGACCAAGCCCAAGCCCAAGCCCUGGGACCUAAGCGGAUGCGUAUGCCCACGCAUUCGCAUUCCGUUCGUUACAGCUGGAUCAAACGAUCCGCAAAACAUCCACAUCCACGAUUUGGUAUGUCUCAACUGA